UACAACUUCCAACUUGCCAUUUGCUUACUGUAUUCCUUUAAAUCUCUCCUUCCUUCCACAGGAAUUUUAGUAACCAAAUUUGCCAAAUCUCUCUCCAGGAAAAAUGGCUUUGGAGAUUUGUGUCAAGGCUGCUGCUGGUGCCCCUGAUGUUCUUGGAGACUGUCCAUUUUGCCAAAGGGUUGUUCUUACUUUGGAGGAAAAGAAAGUUCCUUACAAGAUGCACCUCGUCAAUCUCAGUGACAAACCUCAAUGGUUCUUGGAGAUAAGUCCAGAAGGAAAGGUACCGGUGGUGAAGUUUGAUGACAAAUGGGUGCCUGACUCUGACGUGAUUGUUGGAAUUCUUGAAGAGAAGUACCCUGAGCCUUCUCUGAAAACACCACCUGAAUUUGCCUCUGUAGGAUCAAAAAUAUUUGGAACUUUCAUCACAUUUUUGAAGAGCAGGGAUGCAAACGAUGGAUCUGAGCAGGCUUUGCUUAAUGAACUAAAGGCAUUGGACGAGCAUCUUAAGGGUCAGGGACCAUUUAUUGCUGGGGAAAAGAUCACUGCUAUUGAUUUAAGUUUGGGGCCAAAGCUCUAUCAUCUUGAGAUUGCUCUUGGCCAUUUCAAGAAGUGGACUAUUCCGGAAAGCUUGACUUGUGUCCACGGUUACUUGAAGUUGAUUUUCUCUCAAGAGUCCUUUGUGAAAACAAGUGUUGCCAAGGAAUUCGUGAUCACUGGAUGGGCGCCUAAGGUCAAUGCAUGAACUCGUUCAAAACUAUAAGCUUUUUAAAAUCUGGAGUAUGUAAGUGGGUAAGACGUUAUGUUAAAACCAGAUGAACACUGGCUGCUUCACUUGUGAAUAAAUGUUUUGAUCUAUAAUUAUCGUAUCCAUGGUAUUUGCUAUUAAUUAUUAAACUUUGGUCUGAUGUUAAAA